CCCAUAAGAAGCUGCCCCACUCCGGAUGCCAGCCUCAGUGUCGAAUUGACCACCACGGGAGAAAGUUCAGGCCAGGAUUUCUUUGCAACUUUCUUAAUUUGCCCACCUCGAACCAUGAAAAGCUUCUCGUUUCCCAGCAGCUCCAUGUCCUUCCUUCUCCUUCUGUGGGGCACGCUCCUCUUCGUCAACAAUUUGUCCGUCGCAGUCUCCUCCACGGACGGGAAUAUUAAUAACAAUAAUUUCGUGGGUCUCGGCCCAUCGGACAAAUUAUGGAAGUCGCCAUCACCAGUCAAUACGCCAUUCGCCAAUGGGAAGUCGGACAAAGAGGACGGGAACGCGAUGGAGAACGAGAUUGUGAAAUUACUCCCGGAGGAAAACCAGCCCGUCGUGAACCUCGUGGAGCCGGACUACUUCGACGACGAGAUUGACAUCGACUACGAGGACAUUUGCCAGGCCGGAUUCUGGUGGCACUUGCGAGGUCAUCGAUGCGUCCCGGUCAAAUGUUUGGGCGGAAAUAAGCUGAGGGAUCCCGCGACGGGGGAAUGCAUUCGGAAAUCUAGACGCAAGUUUAAUAAGUCUCCGAGGAACUAUUUUUCGAGAAUGUCAUCGCAUAGGAGAUUUGUCCCCAAUUUGAAGCAGUUUGGAGGGAGGAUUUUCAGGAAAUAAAUUUUUGUGGGGAGGAUUUUGCUUGAAUUUUGAUUGAUAACCUUUGAAAAAGCUGACUCAGGAAAUGGGACAGGACCGGACCGGACCAUAAAAGUUAUAGUUAUGAAAAAUUUACUGAAAUUAUUCAGCAAUUAUUAUGUGUUUAUUUAGGACAGAAUUAUAUGUUUGUGAAUGCAUGCAUAAUUAACGGGUUGGACAAAAUUAAGUGACGUAUUUAUUUAUUUUAAUGAAAGUUAUCUUGUGUCAAAUGUGUUUAUGCAAAUAUGUACCUACCUUGGCUAAAAUUGGAGAGAAUGUUUAUGAAAGGAGAAACAUCCUGAAAUUGAUCGAGUAUUAUCUAAUUGUGGAAAAAAUGAGCAUUUAUGUAUUUAUAAGAGUCAUAAGUAAUGUUAAGAAAUAUUUAAUAAAAGAAAGUCAAAAGAAU